AUGAAUAAUAAAACGCUUCUUCUUCUUCAAACGUGUGUGUGGAGAAACGCUUUGAAGGUGACGUCAUCACCACGUAAAAUUAAAUCAACAGUUGUAAACACGAGUAAAGUGAAUUCAGAUGAAACUAAUACAUGUGGAAUGAAUAAAUCCACUCAUCCCACGAUGCUUGAGCUAAUAUUACCGGUUUUUAUCACAUCAAAUAGUCAUACAGUCGCUUGUUUGCCAACAACAGUUUUUGUAUUAAUCACCAAGUCCGGAUUUCUGGUUUUUAUUCACACCGUGCGCGUGAAUUUCAUAAAUGGUAUAAUUUUAUUUUUGCCAUUCACUACGAUACGAAAUAAUUAA